CGGGGUGGUGUGAAAGGACACAGUCACAGCCGCCAGUUUGUGAUCCUGGUAACUGUCCCAGUGAGGGUAAACAAACGCCAGCUCACACCUAUCAGCUGAAGUGGGAGUAUAGAGUGUACUGCUGCUUUAACACACUGAAAACAUUGAGUAGUAGCCUAGUCAUUCAUUUGUAAUUUGAGGGGAAUUUGGAAUUGGAAUAAUGUCAUUCCGGAAGAACAAAAAAGAACCCAGGAAAGAGUACCUGUCUGUGAAGGACUUGGAAAAGAUUUUGGAUUCUUGCACGUUGCGGUUGACCCAGAUAAAUGAGGUUUGGCCGAACAUAUUCAUAGGAAAUGUCAGAGGACUCGACUCACUUUGAUCUGGAUGUUUACUUCAAGCCCGCAGCUGAUUUCAUUCACAAAGCAUUGAAACAACCAGAUGGGAAGAUUCUCGUCCAUUGCAUUAUGGGUAUGAGCAGAUCGUCUACCUUGGUGUUGGCGUACCUCAUGUUGUAUUGUCACAUCCCCCUCCAUUGUGCUCUUCAGAAAGUAAUCCAGAAAAGAGCCAUUUACCCUAACAGGAACUUCCUGGCUCUGCUGCUGGACCUAGACCUUCAGCUGGAGAGAAAACAGAAAACCUGUCUGAUUCUGUAGAGAUCAGAACACAGCAAAACAGACCAAACCUCACAAGUUAAUAUUUGUAUCAGUGCACAACGAAGAAGCAUGAAAAGAGGAAGUUGAUUUUCAAAUCAAGUGGGAAUGAAUCUAUGUCAAAUCCCUUUCUAGUGCACAAACUACCUAAAACAAACAAGUAUACCUCACCUACAUACAGUAUGUUGAAUAAAAUAUGUUGCAA